ACCGGUUUCUGGAUAGAUUAUCGCUCUCCAUCUGAUCGAAUCAUGCGCACAGAAUAAGCCUGGGGGAUUGAACGGGCCACCUUUUAUAUACACCUUACAGACGUACACAAACAAUGUCGGGCAAGCGUCUCUUAGACGUCAUUCAAUUGUGCAAUGUCGCUGGGACAGUGGCGGCGAGGCAUCUCGCCAUCCGCCAACGCCAGAUAGAUCUAUACACCCGCACUUCCUCCCUCACCAAGGGCAUCAAGAGCCAGGUUGAUGGCCUGUGUCUCUCGGCGCAAGCUGCAGCUGCACUAGCCAGACGAUUCAAUGAACCCGAUCCCGAACCCUACCGUCCGUCCGAGUCAGCACCCACGAUCGCAUCGAGCUACGCGGAGCCGACCCCGACCACCACCACCAGCAGUGCGACAUCCGAUCUCUCCCCCGGGGGGACGCGGCAAGCACAAAAACAGGCGGAAGCUCAGAUUCCUUCGAGGGUGGCGGACCACAAUGGGAGCGGACAGGCGAGUCCUUUGGAUGUCAGUCAACAACAGGAUGUGUUCUACGAACCUCCCAAGCACUCUGCAGCGGGUGACUCGGGGCUUCCCCGGAUGAAGUUGCCUAAGAAAGCGAAUGACACACAAAUCGGUUCCGAUAGAGAUAUCAAUGCGGAUGUGUUCCAAUCCCCAGUGAAGACUGCCUCGGUAGAUCAGGCUGCAACCACAAAUACGACCGAAUCGACCGAAAUCCCGGAAGAGAUGAUGAAGGAUAUUUUUCAUAGUCCCAGAGUCGCAAGGAUGAUGUCUCGGAAGCCGGCGGCGGAUAUGCGGUACAAGCAGGCGGGCGCAGUGCCUCGGGCAGAGCAUGCGAAUCAAAUCGAACAGGAGAAAGAAGAAGCCCGUGCUGUGGGGGAGAUGGUCGCGGAAGCGGCAGCGGCGACAGAGCCAGAAACGGCUGCCGCCUUGAAGAACCAGAACACAUACAAGAUGGUUGAGUCCCGUGUCCCAUCAUCCCGCAUCGGGAGAUUAUGGCAGUACGGCGGACUGGCCACUUCAAUGGCGUGGGGUGCCAUGGGCGAGGGUCUUCGCAGGGUCACAGGCAGUCAAGCCGAAUCAUCCGGGUCGCUCAUGUUCAGUGCUGCGAACACGGAGCGGCUUGUAGCUAAAUUGUCCAAGAUGCGCGGAGCUGCCCUGAAGUUAGGACAGAUGAUGAGUAUUCAAGACACAAAGAUGCUUCCUGAAGCUAUCCAUCAAGUCCUCCAACGAGUCCAAGACCGAGCAGACUACAUGCCUGCCUCGCAACGCGACAAGGUGCUGACCGACAACCUUGGGCCGGACUGGCGCGAUCUAUUCUCUUCUUUCGACGAUAUUCCCAUGGCCGCUGCCUCCAUCGGACAAGUGCACAGUGCCGUUCUGAAACGUACCGGCCAACCCGUGGCUGUCAAGAUCCAAUACCCCGGGGUAGCCGACUCCAUCGACUCCGACCUCAACAACCUCUCCAUCCUCCUCACAGCAUCCCGCCUCCUCCCCCGAGGCCUCUACCUCGACAAGACCAUUGAGAACGCUCGCACCGAACUCGCCUGGGAAUGCGACUACAUCCGCGAAGCCGAAUCGGCGAACCGCUUCCGCGAACUCCUCCGCGACGACCCCGUCUUCCUCAUUCCCGAGAUCAUUCCCGAAGCGUCCGGCAAGCAGGUGCUCACCAUGGAGCGCCUGGAGGGCAUCGCCGUGACCAAGAUCCAGGACUUCACGCAGGCCCAGCGCGACUGGAUCGGCACGCAGAUCAUGCGCCUCUGCCUGCGCGAGAUCACCGAGUUCCGAUACAUGCAGACGGACCCCAACUGGACCAACUUCCUCUACAACGCGCGCACCGACCGCCUCGAGCUGCUGGACUUCGGCGCCUCGCGCGCCUACCCGACCGAGUUUAUCACCAAGUACGUCCGCACCCUCGUCGCCGCCUCCAGCAACGACCGCGACGCCUGCCGCCGCUUCUCUCUCGAGCUGGGCUACCUGACCGGCCACGAGAGCCAGGCGAUGGUCGAUGCCCACGUCACCUCCGUCAUCACCAUCGCCGAGCCCUUCAUGGAGACCUCGCCCGACGUCUAUGACUUCCGGGACCAGACCAUCACCGACCGCGUGCGCGCGCUGAUCCCCGUCAUGAUCCGCGAGCGGCUCACGCCGCCCCCGGAGGAGACUUAUAGUCUGCAUCGCAAGUUGAGCGGGGCGUUCUUGCUCUGCGCUCGGUUGGGGAGUCGGGUUCCUUGCAAGGAGUUGUUCCGGGAGGCGAUUCGGAGGGCGGAGGCGAAGGGGCUGAAUUGAACUGACGGGAUAUAGCGAGUGGUGGGGGUUUUUUAAAAACAUUUCGAGGGGAUUUGCCUCGUUUCUGGCUUAGCAAGG